CCAUUUUUUGUCGUGUUUCGCAUCGCAAAUGCUCUUCUUCCCGAUCCAAAUGUCCGAAAUGCUUGCGGCGUGACAGUUUCCGAUCGCAUCGUUGGCGGAGUCGAGACCGAAAUCGAUGAAUUCCCCUGGAUGGCGCUGCUGGAGUACACAAAAGCCGAUAAAACGAAGGUUUUUGGCUGCGGCGGGUCCCUAAUUGACGAACGGCAUGUUUUGACAGCGGCGCAUUGCUUAUCCGACCCGGAUCCCGUGCUGACAGGCGUUCGUUUGGGCGAAUGGAAUCUCUCGUCGCCCAUCGAUUGCUUCGAACCGGAUGAUUGUGCUGACGAGCCACUAAAUAUCGCCGUGUCGAAGGUCUUCAAACACCCGGAAUACAAUAAAAAUGGCGAAGAAGAGAAUGACAUUGCCGUUUUGCGCCUUGCGAAGCCCGUGAAGUACAGUUUUUUCGUGAAACCGAUUUGUCUGCCGAGCGAUAGUGAGUUACGAGCUAAGACAGACUUCACAGAUACGAAAUUUGUGACUGCGGGAUGGGGAAGAACGGAAAAGAAGCAGCAGAGUGAAGUAAAAUUGAAGACAGUUGUUGAUUGGGUGAGCUUGAAUGCAUGUAAUGUGGUUUAUGAGAAGGCCAAGACGAAAGUUACGGAGAAGCAAUUGUGUGCCGGAGGUAAAAAUUCGAGAGAUUCGUGUCAAGGAGACUCAGGAGGACCAUUGAUGACACUUCAUAAAAAAGAUAAAUUGAACUACAUUUAUUUGGCGGGAGUGAUUAGUUAUGGUCCAGCGAGGUGUGGAAGCAAAGGAUGGCCCGGAAUUUACACGAGAGUGGGUCAUUACGUGGAUUGGAUCAAAGAAUGUGUCAAUAAACCUUAAAAUUUCUCAAUAUUUUUGAAGGUUUUCUUAUUUUG